AUGUCGUCUGAAUCUUUGGACAUCUAUGGACUCAAACCUCAUGCUCUCUCAUCCGUGCUCGAUACGUCGUCUGAAUCCUCGAUAUCCCCUGAAAUCGAAACAGUCCCACCUAAACUCUAUGACGUCGAAGUUGUCCAGUUUUGGCGAGGCGAGAAAGAGCCCCUACAGCCCUAUCCCCUCCACUGGGCGAUCUACGUCGAAACAAGUCCUGGCAUAGGGAACACCUAUCAGCUUGUAGGAAACCAAACGAACUACGCCAUCGACAUCAGAAUCAGCCAGCCCCUCGAAAACUCGGAGGACUUACGUGGAAGUCAUUCCGUUGGAAGCGGUUUUUCUGGCAUCAUCGGGGAAACGAAGUUGGCGUGUCUACAAGACAAUAUGUGUUGGCUUCUGGAAGGUUGGCCUGAGAUUGAGAACGCGGUGGAAUUUGUCGGUGACUCGGAAGAUCUGGCAUGCGUCCUAUCCAACCGACGUUCUGCGAGAGUGCACCGAUGCGUCUGGAAGUUGCACGCCAAUACCCGUGCACUGAUUGAUGAGGUAACAGUGUGGCUUUCGAGUCGGACUGAGAGGAAUUGAAAGAAUUUGGGGUCUAGACAUAGUUUCGCAUUCUGCAUUUGUAAUUUUAUAUCAUUCUAUCAUCAGUGAUUGAGAGUCACAUCUCCAAUAUUAAGGGUGUAAGUAGCGAAAUCUUUGAGUCAUCAGUGAUGUUUUCGGUUUGUAUAUAUAGAGCUGAAACCGUACUGCGCAUUCUGCUGUUCAGGCGCCUCACUGGCACUGUACUAGUUGAGGUACAUCCCGUUCGCAUAAACUAUCGCCCACGACUGUCUGGACUCUGGUUCAAGUUCGCGAGAUCGCUUGCAGGUAUUUUGGCUUCCCUGCCACAAUAGUAAGCCAUAGGUUGGGUGAUGUACACAAAAAACGCAAGAAAAGAGACACCAAAGAGAAGUUGUUUGGCUGAGC